AAACACAUUUAAACCAGUAAGCGAGUCGCUUCAGGUACGAGGUCAAUAUGCAUUUUGAAUUAAGGUAACGUUUUUGUCGCGAUGUGGAAAGCAACCACUAAAGUUUAAACGACAAAAGCUGUUUAAAAAACAGUUUCCUGACUGGUUUGGUUUACAAAUAGUCUUAAAACUACCACAGCUUUUUCAUUUCUAACAUGAUGUUUGAAAUGGGUAAACCUGCAGGCAUCUUUUAAAUGCAUCAAUUCAAGACUUCAGCAAGGACACACAGGGCCAAUUAAAAUAUGGCAUUAAAAUUAAACCACUGCAUAUUGACGACAGCCGUGAGAUAAAACGUCACUAGCUUUCUCAAGUCCGCAAAAGUUGAGUAGCUCAUUUAAAUGGAGCCAACAGUUGUGUCUGGCCCUUUGGGGCACACACAGUGGGAGUCAGAACAACCAUUUCCUCUAGGAUUUAACACACUGGACGAUUCAGACAAUGGAGGUGUGCUCUCCCCAAACAAGAGUGGCCAGACAAGUUUGGGUUUCAGGAAAGGGGACCAGGAUCAAACGUCCUCUCAAAGUGAAGAAGGGAAGCCACCAGAAUUGGAUGAACUUAUAAACAUCUCUGAUUUUUCUUGUGGAAAUUUUCAUUUUGAAGGACACAAAUCAACUGUUUCUCAAGCAUCCUUCCUUAGCACUCAACUAGAUGGAUUUUCCUUUACAGACAAAACUGAUGGACCAAGUGAAACUUUGAAAUGGCUAUUUUCUCCCCAACUCACUGAUAUGGUUAGAGAUAACUCUGUCAGUGAGGAACUCGGCCUAACGCAGGAGGAUCCGGUCAUUCCAUCAAAGACUUCUGAUACAAAUCCAGUGGAUACAUUUUUGUUGGUAGACCUCCUCUCAAAUGAACUCUCAUAUCUCCCCCUUGAGUCCUCAGGUGAGUCGAACCCACAGGUUGUAAGUGAGGAGCUGGUACACCUUUCACCAGAGGAGCAGGCAUGUCCCCCUCCCUCGCAGAGCAGGGAGACUUUGUCACCUGAAACUGGAGACAAAGGUUUAUGCCCCGAUCAAGUGACUGAUCUGCCUAUUACCUGUAGCACUACUCUCCAAGGUUUACCUGAGAGCUGCCUCCCGCAUAACAACAUCAGCACACCACUGGAGUCUUUACAGGGAUCUGUGCCUUUGUUGGAUUUAGAGGUGCCAGAAUGUGAAGGAAAUGUGAGUCUGUGCCCUGUCGGUCCUCCCUCUGUUAUCUGCACAGGUGAGCCUUUACAUUUAUCACCAGAGGAUUCACAGGUGGAACAUGAAGGAACUGGCAAAAUUAUUGAUCUGACUUCACAGCAACAAAGGGAGAAUGACUCAUGUGCUCUGGGUUCAUCACUGACUGUGCCUCAGGCUGAAGAUGCUUUCACACAGGGUGAUUUCACCAGUGAGAGUUUCUCUGUGGAAAGUGAGUCUAAGGAUUUGAUGGAAGAAGAAGUUUGUGCUCAGGGGAAUGAGACGAUGGCUUUGGACCUGUGCUUGACUGUUGAUGAGGUCCACAAUGAGGACACUUGGGACUUGAAUCCACUUGAUGGCUCACAGGGUGGAAGUGAUCCCGAUCCGACACCAGUACAGAGGGAAGAGGAGCGGUUGACGGACACUAACCAGCUGGAAGGACCAGACUGUCAUGAUGUGGCUUCUUUUGGUUUUUCAGUUCAGGACUUACACUCUUCUUCUCGGGAAGGGGGGUGGACUAGUGAGCAAACGGUGGAGACGAUUUCCCUCUCUAAGAUGGUGGGAGAUGACUCACUGCCGAUGGUCUCAGCUGUGAACUCGAGGGAGGAACAUGUCUCCCCGCUAAAAGCUGUGUUCGAUGCUUUGGACCAAGAUGGAGAUGGCUUUGUUCGAAUUGAGGAGUUUAUGGAGUUUGCUGCUGCCUAUGGAGCCGAUCAGGUGAAGGAUUUGACCAAGUUUUUGGAUCCCAGUGGCCUCGGAGUGAUCAGCUUUGAGGACUUCCACCGAGGAAUCUCUGCCAUUAGCAAUGGAGGUCCAGAGCCGCAGCUCUACAAUGUAAACUACAGUCCGGGGGAUGGAGCUGUGGGCUGUCCUGAGGAGUACGACGAGCAAAAUGAGGUAACGGACAGUGCGUACCUGGGCUCUGAGAGCACUUACAGCGAGUGUGAGACCUUCACUGAUGAGGACACGGGGGCCCUUGUACCCCCUGAGAUGCAUGAGGAUGUGGAGACCGACAGCGGCAUUGAGGCUACCCUGCAUGAUCCCGAAGACGGAGGAAAUAGGUUUUCCCUGAACUCGGAGCUCCAUAACCACUCGCUGGUGACCGUCAUCGGUGGAGAGGAGGAGCACUUUGAGGACUUUGGGGAAAGCAACACAUCAGAGUUGCUGCUUGAGAGCAGCGUGGAAGGGACAGAGGGGGAGGCCGACUCCCCACUGGAGCAGCCGGCCGAGCAUGUCAAUGGUUCCUCACUGCUCUCUCCCAGUGCACCUGCUCCUCUCCCUGACUGCUUUCAGAGCUUCCUCAGGGAGGAGGCGCUCGACUUUUUCUGUAGCCAGUGUCACAAACAAAUAAGUCGCCUCGAGGACCUCUCCACCCGCCUCAAUUUCCUAGAGAUGACUAGCUCUGGCAAGAGGCUGUCCAGCAAGAAAGUAGCAAGACAUCUCCUUCAGAACAGCUCCAUGACUCUGGAUACGAUGAGCGAUUUGACGCGGGACAUCCUGGAGCUCGCUGACAAUGACAUCACAGACAAGGUACUCCUCCUCGAGCGUCGAGUCGCAGAGUUGGAAAAGGAGUCUGAGGCGUCGGGGGAGCAGCAUGCACGGCUGCGGCAGGAGAACCUUCAGCUGGUGCAUCGGGCCAACGCUUUGGAGGAGCAGCUGAAGGAGCAGGAGCUUUACGCUGACGAGCAACUACAGCAAGAGACCCGCCGUCACAAGGAGGCACUGGUCAAACUGGAGAGAGAGAGAGGGCUGGAACUGGAAAACCUGCAGGCCAGGGUGCAGCAGCUGGAUGAGGAAAACAGCGAGCUGAGGUCAUGUGUUCCCUGUCUGCGAGCAAACAUCGAGAGACUAGAGGAGGAGAAGCAGAAGCUGCAGGAUGAGACAGAAGCUAUGUCGGACAGGCUGCAGGAGGAGACAGAGUCCCGCAGAAAGAUGGCCGACAAGCUGAGCCACGAGCGCCAUCAGAGCCAGAAGGAGAAGGAGAGCACCCAGGAGCUCAUUGAAGACUUGCGUAAACAGCUCGAGCACCUACAGCUGUACAAGCUAGAGGCGGAAGCAAAAAAAGGCCGAACACCCGGCGCAGGGCUGCAGGAAUAUCAGACCCGCACUCGUGAGGCGGAGCUGGAGCAGGAGAUCAAACGACUCAAACAGGACAACCGUAGCCUGAAGGAACAGAACGACGAGUUGAACGGCCAGAUUAUCAACCUGAGCAUCCAGGGAGCAAAGAACCUGAUGUCGGCCCCCUUCUCAGACUCCCUGGCAGCUGAGAUCAACUCUGUGUCUCGUGUAGAACUGAUGGAGACUGUCCACAAACAGGAGGAGAUCAACUACAGGCUCCAGGACUACAUCGACAAAAUCAUCGUGGCCAUCAUGGAGUGCAACCCCUCCAUCUUAGAGGUCAAAUAGACACCAUGCAGCCAGAUUGUCUACGCACACAGUGACUCCUCUGGCCGUUAAAUAUAUUGGAGACUUGGCUUUAAUAAGAGUUACCAAGAGAAGAUGUAAAAUUAUCACUUCGGAUGGAAAAGAAAAACACUGUUCCCCCUAAAGGAAGGAUUUCAGAUUUCUAAGAAGCCAGUGGCUGUGGGUGAAGAAAUAUAUUUUUUUUGUCUGAUAUCCCUCGAGUCUGUGCUUAUCUGUGAGUGUAUGUGCACACUCGGGUUCUGGUGACUUCCAUGUAUUUGGCUAGAGGGACCCGAGUCUACUGUGUUGAUUGAGUGAGUGAGCGUGUGAAUGUGCUCAAGAGGUCAGUAUCAUCAAGAGUCCCCGAAAGAAAAUCAUCAAUGUUUGAUCGAGCUAAAACAUAAUCAGACACGUAUACAGUAACCGAAAAGGCCUUAAAAAAAGGUGAUCAAAGUAUUCAUUAAUUAUACCAUACGCCACACAUGCCUCAGAUGUGGGAUGGCGGGCUGCGAUCUCCUGAACUAGGCUGAGUCGUGAGAAAGCCGUAUGAAGCUGUGGUCAGGAGAUCCCAGCUGCAGUCUCUCUCGAAUUUGUUAAUGUGUUGAAAGCUUGCUGUGCCCCUUUCACAGUGUGUGCUCUCCUUUAAACACGUUCCACCGUCUUUCCAGCGAACCCAAGUGAGGGACAUUUCUUGGGAUUGAGGAUGAGAAAUACCUGAAGGGUUUUUUCAGUGUGUUUGUGAGGUGUCUUCGGUUUUUUUUUUGCUAUAUGUCACACAAAGGUUUUCAAAAAAUCUUUGGUAACAUUAGAAGGAGAAAUAUAAGCUUCAAUGUCAAAAAAAAAAGAAGGAACUGGUUGGUUUAUAGUUCAUCUUGUCAUAUUGUUACCUUGUUUUUUUUCUGUUUUGCAAUGAAACGGUCCUGGAGCUCAGGUGGGCUGGAAACCUCCGAUGACUAAAAAUACUACAUUUCCCAUCACUCCCUGGCACAAAUGUUAGAUAACUCAAACAUAUCUCACUAUAUUUAGACGGGGUGCUAUAACUGACAAAAAAAAUAACCUGUUUAUACUCACAAGUUCACUUUAAAACUCUGCAAACACUUGAAACUACAAAUGAAGGGAAACUAAUGAGUGAUUCUGGGAAAUGUAGUUUUUUGUGUCAUUACGUACAGCCCACCUGUUUCCAGUGUUCUCUUGCUGAGUGAAAGUGAUGGGGAGCAAACGUAUCCAGGUAACUUAAUUUUUUUUCUCCGCUGCACAAAUGAUUUAUUGUCGUAAAAAAAAAAGGUGUUGAAACUGAAGAAUGCUGACAUUUGUGAGUAAUCAGAUUGUUGUACUUUGCACUAAGUUGUGUUUUGAUUUCAUUUUUUGUUUAUUGUGAAGGGAUCAAAUUGGAAACAAAGAUGGUUUUAAGCCUGCAGUGAACUGUGCAGGGCUUUUGUUGCCACUCGCUGCAGACAUCUCACUCAUGUAAAAAAAAAAAAGACAAAUACAACGCUAAUAUUUAUCGCAAUUGGAAAUGUUGAAAAGUACUGCAGCCACAUCUGAAGAUUAGUUUCCAUUGAGACAGUAUUUUUUCAGCCUUCAUGAUGAGUUACUUUGGGCUGUUUUGCUGACUGUUGGCCAGUUUGAUCCGUUUCCAGAUGUUACACUGACAUGAAGAAACAUGGCGGACUUGGUAGCAAUAAUGCUUGGUGAGGAAGUGGACAUUAGUGGAGGACACAUCUGCUUUUUCAAAGACGUAUGGACUUGAAAAUGGACUGAUGCCGUGCUUAUCCGGUACCUUGCAGCCAUCUCACAAAACUUGGGGACGUUUCGUUCAGACUCAGAAAUUGGACGCGAGUGUCGGAUUUACUUGUUGCGGGAAAAUCUUGACCGAGGGGGGGACGUUUUUGUCUGAACCGCAUGACGUUCUGCACCAAUAUGCUAAGAAGAAAUCCUACUGUUCACCCUCUUCACGUCUGUCACACCGCUCUUCUUCACCUGCCACUCCACAGGAAAAAAAAAUGGCCUUGGAUGUAAAUGACUUGUACAUGUAAAGUUUUUUCUACACUCAUUCUAGAUUCUAGGUAUUUUUAUAGUCUGAAGAAACCGACAUUUCUUCUUGUCUUAUGCUAAGAGACAGCUGCCUGUAUUCUUCUCUAGCAUGUAGCGUGUACAGUAUCUGUUGGGGUUUCUUUUUUGUUUUGUUUCCUGUUUUGAAUAACUUGCAGAUAUAUUUAUUCAUCAUUUGACACAAACGACAACUCGCACUCUGUGAUCUGUUCUGCUGAAAAUGUACAUUUUUUGGAUUCACAAGGGGAAAGUUAGAUGUGCGGGAGGAUUGAUUGAACUGAGAGAAAUGUUAUAUUGUGUUGUAGGGAGUCAGCAGUGUGCCUACAAGCUCAGACGUGACCCUCUAAGUCAGAACGGUAGUUUGUCGAGGUCGCUGCACUCUUCCGUGAUGCUGACGAUGCAGUGACCUCUUCAGGGUUGUGUUUUUUUUUUUAAAGAUACAUGGCAGAGUCUGCAGAUUCUACUGUUGUAUUCCCAGAUGGAGUCAGGUACUGCAUGAAAAACACACGUUUUAUUGUAUAUCUCUCAUUCAGACUUGUGUUUUGACUGACAAAUCAUUUGCUAUAAUUUCCAUUAGUAGAGUUGUAGUUUUCAACAAUACACAACACUUAAAACCUCACACCCGGGCUCGCUGACUUCAGCAUCCUGCCUGUAAGUGUGACUGGAGGUUUGCCCCAACAGAUUUAGUAUUGCAUUCUUUGUAGAGAUGAAUCUCCUUUUUUUCCAUUACAAAGAGGAAAUGGGACGACACUUGAACACAGCAGGCUGUGCUACACUUAAUUCUCUCCCUGCUUUGAAUUUGAGUGUCGGGUUUUGACAGAUGGGUCAGGGACAGGCAACACGAUAACUGGACAGUGAGGCCAGAGCUGAUAAAACAUUCCCGCGAUUGCACUUUAACCAAAUUUCUCCUGCUUUCAAAAUGACCAAAGACAGAUGCUUCAACUUCAAACUGGUGAUUUUAUCUAUCAGGGUCCGUCAUCAUGCUUCUGGGAACAUUUUACUCCUCUACUAAUUCAUAAAUCAAGAGACUCCUGCCUUUAAAGGAAACAAAAACAGGCCUGCUAGUCUAAACACUGUGCCUCUGUGUCUCAAACUUUGCCUCUAAACUUAACCUGAUGAUGAGCCCAAGGAAAAGCACUAACCAUGUGACUGUCAGUUAAAUUAUGAUGAAUCCUAAACUGUAAAUAUGAAUUGUCAUUUUUGUGAUUUUCUUUUUUUCCCCUCUCUUCACACUCACUUCCAGUGUCCAAAGAAAGUCUGCUCAAGGCACAAACAUCACUACUGCAGUAGUGCAUGGCUUGCCAUUAUGUGACAUGGGAAGAUUAAAAAAAGAGAAUAUUGUAGAAAAGAGAAUCUUAAAUUUAUUCCUAUUUUCAAAGAUAAAUGUAUAAAUUAUAACAGUAUUGGUUACAGCUGUAUAUUAUUUUUGAAGAUCCCCGAAUGAUCUAAUCCUAAUUGUUACUGGGGGAAAUAUAAUUUCAGUCAUUGUAAAAAGAGAAAAUUAAAAGGUAAGCAGUGAAAGUAAGAAUAGAAAAAUAAAUGGAAUAAAAUAA